CCUCGGAACACAGCUUGCGAGGGCUCCCUGAUCGCGCCAGGGAGCUCGGUGAGGUCCCCAGAGGUCACCGGCGGCUUGGGGCGUCCCCCGGAGGCCUCCGAGGGCCAGGAGCGCGGUGCCUUUCGGAUCCUCGACAAGAUUGCGGUCACCGCCGGCGAGGAGCUGUCCAGCCGCGCUCUGCACGUGCUCCAGCCGGGCACGGUGGUGCAGGUGCUGCAGGUGGUGCGCGACCCCGGAGGCCAGCAGGUCCGCGGCCGCAUCGAGGGUGCCGCCGAGUGCCCCGCAGGCUGGGUGUCGUUGAAGUCCGCCGGGUGGCACUGGGCCGAGCCGUGCAGGGAGGCAGCCGAGCCGACCGCCAGCACGGCCGCGGCUGCCAAGCCGGCAGCUGCGGCGCCCGCGCCGCCCACGGGGGCAGGUGCCGUGGCAGCGGCGCCUGCGCUUGCGGCGGCGCCGCCGCCGGAGCCUGCAGCGCCAGCGCCAGCUGCAGCACCUGCCGCGGCCGCCGGCCCUGGUCCCCCUCCAGCGGCGGCCGCCUGCAGGCCGGCUUCUCCACCAGCGCCCUCCGCGGCGGACGGUCCCCAGCUCCCGCUGUCACCGCCGCAAGGACCGCCCAGGGCUGGCGUGGACGACUUCUUCGUCGGCGGCGGCCUUGCUGGCAGCUCCCGCGCUCCUUGGGGUAUAGAUCCGGCGCCCCGUGAGUUUGGCAAGGAGAACAGGGUAUUUGCCAGGGAGGACUGGACUUUCACGCAGGCGAUGAGUUCUGCGCCACUGCCCGCAAAGAUGAAAGACAGGUAUGAAUCGAUUCAGCACCAGGGCAGCAAGGACGGCGCUUACAGUAAUUUCUUCGGGACCGUGGUCUACCGCUACAAGGCGAAGGUGAAGAACACGCGGGAUACGUACCAUUGCCUUCGGAGGGUGAAGUUCGACGUGGGGCAGUUUUCGUCAGUCGCGAAGGCUCUGGAACAGUUCGUUCAGUUGGAGGCCAAUCCCUGCAUCUGUGCCUUGCGGCAGGCCUUCGUCACGAACGAGUUUGCCGACUGGGCGACAGAGGAGCGACACGCAUACGACAAGCCCGUCUUCAUGGGGCCAGCAUCCUUAGUCUUUGCGUAUGAAUGGAAAAACCCUGCCGACACUACACCCGUCACGACGCUUGACACCAUACUCCAGCGCCCUUGCCCAGAGAAGGAGAUCUGGUAUUACAUUUCGCAGAUCCUCGUUGCGCUGAAGCAACUCCAUGACAAGAAGCUCGCGGCGCGGGUUAUGAAGGACCCUUCCAGGAUAUUGUUGUGCACAGCGAGCAAUCGCAUAUACUUGAAUUGCUUGGGCAUGAAGGAUGCUCUGGAUACAAGUCGCAAUCCCACGAAGGAGUAUCUCGCCUUGCAGAAGGAAGAUCUGAGGGACUUGGGUCAGCUGAUCUUGUGGCUUGCUGGUUGCGGCGACGUCUUGGAUGCCACGAGCAAUACGAACAUGUCCAGGGCAUUGCAGAACCUAGUGGUAAAGCUUUUACCUCCAAGCUGGGAGAGAGAGGCGUUUUUCAAGGUCGAUGACGUUCUGGCUGCAGUGAACUGCCAAGCAAUGCUGCUGCCCCAUAAGGACUUGUUACUGCGCAUGGAUGCGAAAGAGGCUGAACUCAAGGAGGAGAAGGCCGAGGUGUCAAUCUGGUCCGACAUGCUAUACAAGCUUGUGUCCAUCUGCGAGAGGCCUCGCGUCAAUGGUGACAUUCAUUGGGCUGAAACCGGUGACAGGUACCUUUGCAAGCUGUUCAGAGACCAUCUUUUCUUCCGGUCUACAGACGAAGGCGCCCUCCACCUGGACAAAGAUGAUGUUGCGGUUCAUCUGCGUAAGCUCCACGAGAAGUCCGGGCAGAAGAUCGUGCUAACGAGCCCAGACCGGAACGUCGUGCUUUCGGUCUCGUACAGGGACGUUAGCUGUUGCAUAGAGUCUUCUUACGAGGACCUCAAGAGCGCUGUGCGGGGAGCGCCGCCGUGCGGGGAGCGCGGGGGGUAA